AGAGAGAGAGAGAGAGAGAGAGAGGGAUGCGUGAGUGUGGCUCAAUAUUUGUAUUCGGGGCAGCUGUGAAGUACUCUGAACGGAGAACGGAGAUUAGCGACAAAGGACUUAGGUGUACCUACCCGGUUUCAGAAAGAGGUGGUUGGACAAGUGAUGGCCUUGUAGUAGAGAAAGGAAACAGAAUGAGGGCUCAACAGGGACUGAAACUCGCCCUAGUGUGUGUGAGUGGAGCUGCUGUCCUCUGGUUAUGGGUCUCAUGGAGCAGGUCCCUUAAUGACCCGACCACUCUGACUAUGAAAAGCCAGCCAUGUGGGAAUAUCACAACAGGGCUGUCCAGAAUAGAGUCUGUGUCCUCAUUGCUUUCUAAGCGAUCUCCAAAAUUUAAGAACCAAGAAUGUGCUGUUCCCAACCAAGUCAGAAAACUUUCAAACAAGGAGAAACACUUAAAGAGUAGAUGUGUAGAGAAUUUUAAACGGGACCACGCUCGCGGUGCUGGCGAGUUCUGGAAAGGAGAAACACAGUAUAUCCGACACAAGCAUCAUAGAUAUUUGACUUCACAAAGCCUCGUUCUCGACAUUGGUGGCAACAAAGGAGAGGACGCAGACGCCAUGAUUCAAGCCUACCAUCCGGGCAUCUACGUAAUCCUAGAACCAAUCAGUUCGCUGUUCACAUUACUAGUAGAGAAGUUCAAGAGGAAUGAAAAUGUCGUCCUGUAUAAUUUUGGAUUAGCAGCCAAAGACAGUAAGUUCUACGUUAACGUUCUCGGACAUGGCGGUGACGCGACUUCCGUUUUCGAAGGAAACAAGGGAGGCAAUUGUGAGUUAAAGGUAUUUAAUACCACUAAUUUCAUGUACCGACUAGGUGUUCCCUGUCUCGAUAUUGAUCUGAUCACAAUUAAUUGUGAGGGAUGUGAAUUUGAAAUACUGGAAACUUUGAUUUCAAGUGGACUUAUUUCAAAGUUCCGACAUGUGCAAUUUGCAACUCAUCCAUUACUGUCCCACCUAGAAAAGCCCGUACAGCGGUAUUGUGAAAUCCAAGAGAGGUUAGCUCGAACUCAUGUCAUUGACUACCAAUUCAAAUUUUGUUGGGAAACAUGGAAAAGAAAGGAUAUAAGUUAAACAAACUGCCAGUUAAGUUUCCUUGAGUUGGCUGGGAAGUAUAAUCUGGUGUAUAACGUAGCACUGUAAGCAAACCCAUGAUUCCUAACGUCAUUCAAACUAAUCGUCUCACGUAUCACAGCGAAACAAGAGGGUAUCAACAUCUUACAGAUAAUAGUUGUAUUGCAAUUGACUAAUGAAACAUGGUCUGAAUAUCAGGAACAACUUUAACAACGUUCGGACAACUCAGAGACGGGUGUAUUAUACAGUGCGAUACGUCUGAUCAAACAUUUGAACAAAGUUUCUUUGGUCGUAUUACUCUUUAUUAGUAACUUUAUCAUACACGAAUACUCUAAGACUAUGAUAUGAUAUUCAUACAUGUAACAGUAUUUUCAUAGUUCUAUAACUUUAUUGUUCUUGUC